UUACUAAUUAAUACAACAGUGAUUGAUUCCACCAAAAGUUUAGAAUAUUAAUCAGCCAUGGAUGAAGCAAAGAGAAUGGAAGAAGGGAUCAACUCACCCCAUAAUGGUGGUGGAGAUUCAAUUGAGCAUGACAACAAUGACACAAUGAAAGGUGAGUCAGUUCAUCAACCAAAGGAGCCAGAUGGGAAGCAUAAAACAAAAAGGGUUGCAACUCUUGAUGCAUUUAGGGGCCUCACCAUUGUGUUGAUGAUAUUGGUGGAUGAUGCUGGUGAAGCUUAUCCUCGAAUUGAUCACUCCCCAUGGAAUGGAUGUACAUUGGCUGAUUUUGUUAUGCCUUUUUUUCUUUUCAUUGUUGGGGUUGCUAUAGCCCUUGCAUUAAAGAGAAUUCCAAAAGUUAAGGUUGCUGUAAAAAAGAUAAUUCUUAGGACAUUGAAGCUUCUCUUUUGGGGUUUACUUUUGCAAGGUGGAUACUCUCAUGCCCCAGAUGAUCUCUCAUAUGGGAUUGACAUGAAAUUUAUUCGAUGGUGUGGCAUUCUCCAGAGGAUAGCUCUUGUAUAUUGUGUUGUAGCUCUAAUAGAGACAUUUACCAUUAAGCUUAGACCUACUACAUUGAGCCCUGGAUAUCUAUCUAUUUUUACUAGCUAUAGAUGGCAAUGGUUUGGGGGAUUUGUGGCAUUUGUUAUUUAUAUGGUCACAACUUUCAGCCUCUAUGUUCCAGAUUGGAGUUUUGUAGAUUAUAAUAGUUCUGAACUAAAGAGAUAUACAGUCAUAUGUGGGAUGCGAGGACACCUAGGUCCAGCAUGUAACGCAGUUGGAUAUGUGGAUAGACAAAUUUGGAGGGUUAAUCAUCUUUACUCUCAACCUGUUUGGAAUCGUUUAAAGGCUUGCACAUUCAGUUCUCCGGCUGAGGGUCAUCUUCGUAAAGAUGCUCCAAAUUGGUGUCGUGCUCCAUUUGAACCUGAGGGUUUGCUGAGUACUAUAUCAGCUAUCCUCUCUGGCACCAUUGGCAUCCACUAUGGCCAUGUCUUGAUUCACUUUAAGGGUCAUUCUGAGAGGCUCAAGCAAUGGCUCUCAAUGGGGUUUGUGUUGUUCAUCCUAGGCAUCAUCCUUCAUUUUACGGAUGCUAUCCCAAUUAACAAGCAACUCUACAGCAUUAGCUAUGUGUGUUUCACAGCUGGGGCAGCUGGAAUAGUCUUCUCUAUAUUCUACAUUUUGAUUGAUGUUUGGGGGCUUCGUACUCCAUUCUUGUUUUUGGAAUGGAUUGGAAUGAAUGCAAUGUUAGUGUUUGUGAUGGCAGCUCAAGGCCUCUUUGCAGCAUUUGUAAAUGGAUGGUAUUAUAAAGAUCCAAAUAACUCACUAGUACAUUGGAUACAAAAUCAUGUGUUCAUAAAUGUUUGGCACUCAGAGAGAUUGGGAACUUUGUUAUAUGUCAUCUUUGCAGAAAUCACAUUUUGGGGUGUGGUUGCUGGCAUCUUGCACAAAUUACAAAUAUACUGGAAACUGUAAUUAAUUUAUUAAUUAUGAAUCAUCUAUGUGUAAUACCUUUAUUAAUUCUUAUUUGCCUUUUUGUUCA